CCGCUCGGGGGCCGGAGGCGCCGCGGCGGCCGGGCCGGGCUGGGAGCGGCGAGAAGCGCGGGCCGCGCAGCGGGAGCCCGCCGCCCGGGACAUGGCCAAGGCGGGCGGCGCAGGUGGCCCUUCCCCGGGCGGCGGCGCCCCCUGGCACCUUCGGAAUGUCCUUAGUGACUCAGUGGAGAGUUCGGAUGAUGAAUUCUUUGAUGCUAGAGAGGAGGUGGCUGAAGGCAAGAACGCCAUGCUCAUUGGAAUGAGCCAGUGGAACUCAAACGACCUGGUGGAGCAGAUGGAGAGCAUGGGGAAGCUGGACGAGCCUCAAGGAGAAGCGGCCUCGUCAUGCACAUCCAGCCUUCUGCAGGAAAAGCAGCGGGAGCUGUAUCGGGUUUCCCUGAGAAGACAGCGAUUCCCAGCCCAGGGUAGCAUCGAGAUCCAGGAGGAUGGCGAGGAAGGCUGCUCGCCACGCUCCUGCAGGACCCACGUCCUGCUGCUGGUGCUGCACGGGGGCAACAUGCUGGACUCGGGCUCCGGGGACCCGUCCUGCAAGGCGGCCGACAUUCACACCUUCAGCUCCAUCCUCGACAGGGUGGUACGCGCCCACUUCCCAGCUGCCCUGGGGCGCGUCCUCAUCAAGUGUGUGCCAUGCCCUGCGGUCUGCGCUGAGGCCUUCUCGCUGGUCUCCAGCCUGAAUCCCUUCAGCCACGACGCGGCCUGCCUUAGCACCAGCCAGGACCACGUGCCCCUGGCCACGCUGCCCCUGCUGGCCAUCUCCUCCCCGCAGUACCAGAAUGCAGUUGCCACCGUCAUUGAGAGAGCCAACCAGGUGUACGGCGAGUUCCUCAAGUCCUCCGAUGGGAUUGGCUUCAGCGGGCAGGUGUGUCUCAUUGGUGACUGUAUGGGCGGUCUUCUGGCCUUUGAUGCCAUCUGCUACAGCGCGGGGCCCUCUGGGGGACAGCCCGGCAGCAGCAGCCGGAAGGGAAGCAUCAGCAGCUCCCAGGACACCCCAAUUGUGAUGGAAGAAGAUUGCAGUCUGGCCAGCAGCAAAGAGCUCAGCAAGAGCAACAUUGACAUCUCCAGCGGGGUGGAGGAGGAGGAGUGCCCAAGAAGCCCUUGCCACGGAAACAAGAGCGACUCCUCCACCUUUGACUGUGAGGCCAUUGCCCAGCACCAUGCCUUCCUCUCAAGCAUCCACUCCAGCGUGCUGAAGGAUGAGGCUGAGCUCCCCGGGGCUGGGGCACCCCAGCUCCCCGAGGUCAGUCUGGGCCGUUUCGACUUUGACGUGUCUGAUUUCUUCCUCUUCGGCUCGCCCCUCGGCCUGGUCCUGGCCAUGCGGAGGACGGUGUUGCCCGGGCUGGAUGGUUUGCAGGUGCGCCCUGCCUGCAGCCAGGUCUACAGCUUCUUCCACUGUGCGGACCCCUCUGCCUCUAGGCUGGAGCCGCUGCUGGAGCCCCAGUUCCACCUGGUGCCCCCCAUCAGUGUGCCCCGCUACCAGAGGUUCCCGCUGGGCGACGGACAAUCCCUCCUUCUAGCUGACGCCCUGCACACCCACAGCCCCCUGUUCCUGGAGGGCAGCUCCCGGGACAGUCCCCCGCUUCUGGAUGCCCCUGCCUCACCCCCUCCGGCCCCAAGGUCCCAGUGCCCAGGAAGAAGGCUGAGCGAAGGCAGCUCCCGCAGUGACAGCUCCGAGUCCUCUGAAAGCCUGGCUCCUGUGGACGCCUCCCGCAUCACAGCCAAGUGGUGGGGCAACAAGCGGAUCGACUACGCCCUGUACUGCCCCGACGUCCUCACCGCCUUCCCCACCGUAGCCCUGCCCCACCUCUUCCAUGCCAGCUACUGGGAGUCAAUGGACGUGGUCGCCUUCAUCCUGAGACAGGUAAUGCGCUAUGAGAACGUGAGCGUCAAGGAGAGCUGUGGCCUGGACCCUGCUGCCCUGAGUCCCACAAACCCCCGGGAAAAGUGGCUGCGCAAGCGGACCCAGGUCAAGCUAAGGAAUGUCACUGCUAAUCACCGGGCCAAUGAUGUGAUUGCCGCUGAGGAUGGGCCGCAAGUUCUGGUGGGCCGGUUCAUGUAUGGGCCUCUCGACAUGGUAGCUCUGACUGGAGAAAAGGACAUCCUGGUGAUGGCAGAGCCAUCCUCGGGCCGCUGGGUUCACCUGGACACAGAGCUCACCAACAACAAGCGGCCCGCAUCACGUACAACGUGCCGCGGACCCCGGCGCCUGGGGGUUGGCGUCUAUCCAGUGAAGAUGGUGGUCAGGGGCGACCAGACCUGUGCGAUGAGCUACCUCACCGUGCUACCCCGGGGCAUGGAGUGUGUCGUGUUCAGCAUUGACGGGUCCUUUGCAGCCAGCGUGUCCAUCAUGGGAAGUGACCCCAAGGUCCGGCCAGGCGCAGUGGAUGUUUGUCAGGGCUCCUCUGAGCACACGCGGUGGUGGCAGUGGAAGGAGCAGACCGCUGGGCCCCAAGAGGUCCGCACGACCCGCUGGACGCUGCCAUGCUGUCUCUGCAGGCACUGGCAGGACCUAGGCUACAUGAUCCUUUACAUCACGGGGCGGCCGGACAUGCAGAAGCAACGGGUGGUGUCGUGGCUGUCCCAGCACAACUUCCCCCAGGGCAUGAUCUUCUUCUCCGACGGGCUGGUGCAUGACCCUCUGAGGCAGAAGGCCAUUUUCCUCCGCAACCUCGUGCAGGAGUGCUACAUCAAAAUCAGCGCUGCCUAUGGUUCUACGAAGGACAUCUCCGUCUACAGCGUGCUGGGCCUGCCAGCUUCCCAGAUCUUCAUUGUGGGCCGGCCCACCAAGAAGUACCAAACCCAGUGCCAGUUCCUGAGCGAAGGCUACGCCGCGCACCUGGCGGCGCUGGAGGCCGGCCACCGCUCGCGCCCCAAGAAGAACCAGGCGCGCAUGGUGCUGCGCACGGGCAGCUUCGGGCUCCACGCGCAGCCAGAGUUCCUGCGCAAGCGCAGCCACCUGCGCCGCACGCUGUCAGUGCAGCAGCCGGACCCGCCCGCCAACCCCAAGCCGGAGCGCGCCCAGAGCCAGCCCGAGUCCGACAAGGACCACGAGCGCCCGCUACCCGCGCUCAGCUGGGCGCGCGGGCCCCCCAGGUUCGAGUCCGUGCCCUGAGUGGCCAGCGGUGGUGCUCGGAGCCAGGCUGCCUGCGGGGACACCAGAGGCAGGCGUGUGCUGCUUUUCUCCUCCCGUGUCUGUCCAGCACUGUCCGCGAUGGGGGUGACA